CCUCUAUGUGAAAGGCGCCCCAUUUCAUCUUCACAAAGAGACUCUAGCUAAGAGAUCGGCGAAAGUGACGACAUUAAUCGAUUGUAACAAGCUCCAUGAACUGCGUUGGAUCCUCAGAGACAUGGACAUCAACCCGAGUACCUUCGAACUCGUGGCUAGAUUCUGCUAUGGCUACAAAAUCGAAUUGUCAUCUGAAAACAUUGUCUCUGUGCUCUGCAUUGCUUAUUACUUAGAGAUGAGCGAUGAUCAUAGCUCUAACAAUUUGUUGAAUAUGGCAGUAACGUUCUUGGAACAACGAGUUCUUAUGAGCUGGAAUGAAACCAUGAAAGCUCUUCGUAUCUGCACCGAGAGGAUAUUGGACAAACUAGCUGAUGUUGGACUCAUCGAAGUUUUCUUAGAUUCUCUUGUCGAAAAGGCUCUCAACGAUACUAGGUUGCUCCAAGAUUUGAUUACAUUGCCUCUUCGGUUAUAUGAACCGUUGAUCUUAGAAUUAAGUAAGCACAAUGUCUCGAUAGAAAGUCUUGUGGCAUCGGUCUGCAAUUACACGAAAAGAUGGGUUUUCGAGAAAGAUUCAGGAGACGAAAGCUUUUCAAGACACAAGAGAGAAGUAAUUGAAGCUGUUGAGAGGCUUUUGCCUCACGAAAGGGGAACUAUCUCGUGUGGAUUUUUGUUCCAAUCGCUUAAAGAAUCGAUUUUUCUUGAUGCUUGCUCUGAUUGCCGAAAAGGGUUUGAAGUUAGGAUAAGUUCGCAGCUCGACAUGGCUACAGCAAAAGAUCUCCUGAUUCUGUUUCCAAAAGAAGAUGGUUCUUAUGACAUCGAGCUCUUAAAACGAAUUCUCAAGAUCUUCUAUAGUAACUAUAAUGUCUCAGAUCUUUCGCGGUUUGUGAGUAUAGCGAGAAUGUUGGAAGAUUUUCUGUUGGAGGCAGCUGCGAGUGACGCUGGUUUAAGGGUAGGAGCAUUUAAGGCGUUAGCAGAAAUAACGGUUGCUGCGUCUUGCGAUGUGCUAAGAUACUCUGAUGGAAUAUAUAGAGCAAUUGAUGUUUUCUUGGAGUGGCAUCGAGACUUGAUUGAAUCGGAGAAGAUGGAAGCUUGUAGAGUUCUUGAAUGUAAGAAACUUUCAUCCGAGGCAUGUGAACAUGCUUCAAAGAACGAGAAGCUUCCACUGCGGAUUGUUGUGCAAGUUUUGUUUGUUUCUCAGACGCAGAUUCGCAACAAUGUGGCUAGAGAAAUGAAAGAUGUAGAGAAAAAAACCGAGGAUCAGGUAGAUGAAGAUGAUGAAAUGGAGAAAAUGAGUAAGAAGAUGUUAAGUCUGGAGAUAGAACCUGGUUACAGCAAGAAAAGAAAGAUUGAGAAUAUUGAAUGUGCUGUUCAUUGCGAGAAGAAGAAGAAAAGUGUGUGGAGAGAAGUAAAGAGGAAGUUUGGUUGUAUGACUUCUACUGUGAAAGCUUGCGAUUGUCAUAACAAGAAGAGGAAGAAGACUUAUCGUUACUAAUAACAAAUCGCUCUUUU